AUGUGGUUCCCCGAGGCCAUACGGUCUCGGAACCACCAGCUGGCGGAGAGACUUGAGCAGAUCGGCGCACGACGUCAUGUUGAAGAGAGCGUAUCUCCCUUUGAAGCUGCCGCGAUCGCCUCAACAGAGAUUGGGGAUCUUACAUCCCUUCAGAGAAUAUUGGACACGAUACUGCGUUUCCGCCCACUGAUCACGGCCAUCCGCAACCGAAAGGCAGAGGCUAUUGCACUCGACCUCGGGCCGGCCCUCGCCGCAGCCGUCUCAACGAAGCGCAAAGAGGUGGUCAAGCUGCUUGUGGAUAAUGGCGCGGGUGCUGGCUUCUCGUCGGUCAACUUGAACCCUUUGGCCAAGGCGAUGGAGCUGGGUGACGACGAGAUGAUCGAGAUCCUUCUUUCUGGGAGGAUCUCCAGCCUCAACAACUUUGCAUUCCAGGACGCAAUCACGAAAGAUAGCCGUUAUCUUGGGACACUCUUGGAGGCGUACAAGGCAAAGUCCCCUGCAAUCCCCGGAGAGUCCGGAUGCCACCUCCUCUUCCACGCCAUCAAGUUCAACAAUAUCCGCGCACUGCGGCUUUUCCUUGCGGCAGGCCUGGAUGCGAACGAUUUCCAAACUGGCUCCAACCUGAGCCCUCUCGGCUAUGCAGCCACGGGCGCUCACAGUCUCGGUGCGAUCCGGGUCCUGACAGAUGUCGGGGCUAACGUGAACAGCAUAGCCGCAGCGCCACACAGGUUCGGGCAGGUCAGCAGCGAUACAAAGGCCACAGCCUGGCCUAGAGAGAUCGCACUCCUCGUCGCCAUCAGGUGCGGGAAAAAGGACGUGGUGACCCUCCCCUUGGAGAGGGGUGCCGACGCCAACCGGGCGGCACGGAUGGGGGUUAAGCGGUUACCCCUACAGGCCGCUUGCGAGCGAGGCAGCUGGGAGAUGGUCCAGAUACUGCUAGAGAAGGGCGCGGAUGUUGAUGCGGCACCUGCCUAG